AUGUCUGUCAAUGUGUCUUCGGACACAGAAAGACAGUCUAGCCAUGAGCUCUACAUGUUCAAUGAUAUUGUCCACUCUCUAUCAUGGUCGAACAUCACACUGACCGUGGAGGACCGCUUGACUAAGGAACCCAAGGACUUGGUCAGCAAUGUUGGUGGCCAUGUCAAGGCUGGUAAGUCUUUGGCUACCUUUCUCCAGGAGAUGGUUUCACUGACACUCUAUCAAGGGGAGGUUUUGGCACUCAUGGGCCCUUCCGGCAGUGGAAAGACGACUCUCCUGAACAUCCUUGCUAGUCGUACCUCUGGAACUAACGGAACUGUGGCCGUCAAUGACGCUCGCGUAUCAGCUCCGGUCUACAAGAAGCUCACGUCUUUUGUUGAGCAAGAGGAUGCACUUGUGGGUUCCCUGACUGUCCGAGAGACUAUGAACUUUGCAGCUCGUCUUGCCCUCCNNCCAGGUAUGCUUAGCAUCUCUUUAUCGUCAACACGUAUCACUGACACAGCAAGAUCUGUUUUGAAAAACGAAAAGGGUAGCAGAGUCCAGAGCUUGAUCGACAGCUUUGGUCUCAAGAAGCAAGCUGAUACUCUGAUCGGCACACCCAUCCGCAAGGGCAUCUCAGGAGGCCAGAAGAGACGUGUCAGCGUCGCGAGCCAACUGAUUACCGCACCCAAAAUCCUGUUCUGCGACGAACCCACCAGCGGACUCGACUCUGUGGCCAGCUUCGAGGUCAUCUCCCUGCUGAAGAAGUAUGCUCAGCAGCACCAGCUCAUCGUUGUAGCCAGUAUCCACCAACCAUCAGCCGCCACAUUUAAGCUCUUCGACAAGCUGCUACUACUAUCUCAGGGUCAGACCUGUUACUUCGGCCCUGUUCCAGGUGUUGCACCCUACUUUGCCAGCCUCGGCAUGCCGGUUCCAGAUCUCAUGAAUCCCUCGGAGCACAUUCUCGACCUAACAAACACCGACUUCGACUCAGAAGAUGACGAGGAAAACACUGCCACCCAUCGUCUUCUCACUAUCCAAUCUGCAUGGAAGGCGCAUGGCAAUAAUCAGAACAGAGUUUCUUUUAGACUCGAGAAGAGCGAGACUUUGAUAGGCUCUCGAGGACCUGGUCUGGCUCAUGAUCUAGGCAUACCUAUCACUCUGCUGCACCGUCUCUUCCUCAAAUCCUAUCGCGACAUUGUCACCUACUGGAUUCGUGUCGCCAUGUACAUGGGUCUUGCAAUCAUGAUGGGCACUGUCUGGCUCCGGCUCAGUACCAUCCAAAAAGACAUUCAGUCUUUCGUCAAUGCACUCUUCUUCGGUAGUGCCUUCCUGAGCUUUAUGGCUGUCGCUUAUGUGCCUGCCUUCCUCGAGGACAGAGCCAUUUUCGUCAAAGAGCGUGCCAACGGCCUGUACGGACCUUUAUCAUUCGUCGUGUCCAACUUCCUCAUCGGCCUGCCCUUCCUCUUCCUCAUAUCCAUCCUCUUCGCUGCCGUCACCUACUGGCUCAUCAACUUCCGUCCUGACGCCACUGCCUUCUUCGUCCACGUCAUGUGGCUCUUCCUGGACUUGGUCGCGGCUGAGAGCCUGGUUGUCCUCGUCUCAUCUCUCUUCCCCAACUUCAUCAUUGCUCUCGCCCUCGUGGCGUUCGCCAAUGGCCUCUGGAUGUCUGUUGGCGGGUUCCUCGUGCCUACUGGAAGCCUCAAUGUCUUUUGGCGUUAUGUUUUCCACUACAUCGACUACCAGGCCUAUGUCUUCCGCGGCAUGAUGGUCAAUGAGUUUGACGGCCGCAUUUAUCUUUGUGCUGGCAACGUUGUUACUGGAUGUUCUUGUGCCUACGAGAGUGAACUUUCGGGUCAGUGCAAGAUCGAUGGCCGGGCUGUGCUGCAAUACUACGAUUAUCCCACUGGCCAGUUGGGCAAGACUGUCGGCAUCAUGGUUGGCAUCAUUGCUGUCUAUCGUGUGCUUGGAUACCUGGUCUUGCGCUUCAGAAAGUAG